AUGCAGUCCCGUGGCAUCUCUAACUCUCCGUAUUCUAUAUUUGAUCAGUUGACCUUCUCAGAUGAUUUGUUUGAAGAAAAAGAUCGUGUAAAAAGUUUAUCGGAAAAAAUUGAAAUCGUAAAACAAACGGUAAACAAGCUUGAUGAAGAAUAUGGAAUCUUAAGUUUAACCGAUAUAGUUUGGAAUCACACUGCAUGUAAUAGUGAAUGGCUUCAAGAUCACCCAGAGGCUGGUUAUAAUUUAGUAAAUUCUCCACAUCUUAUUCCUGCUUACGAGUUAGAUACUGCAUUAUUAGAAUAUUCCGAAAAUAUUUCUUCACUUGGUUAUAAGGCUCACGUCCAAUCUGAAGAAGAUUUAAAAGCAAUUAUUGAGGGUGUUAAACAGCAUGUUAUUGAUAAAAUACGUUUAUGGGAAUUCUAUGUUAUUGAUGUCAAAGAAGCAUUAAGUGAAUUUCAAGCUGCAUUAGAUAAGAAUGCAUCAGUUGACAAGUCUUUAUUUGAAAAUAUUGACAUUGCUGCACUUUCAUUUAAAGAACAAGCCAAAUUAUUAGCCGAUAAAGGUUUAUAUAAUAAAGGCACUUUUGGCCAGCGUUUCUACAAAAAAAUAAAUAUUGACAUUGCUCUUGCUUUUAUUGAGAGGUUGAUUGAGACUGAAGCAAAAUACGAAAGUGUGAAUAAUGAUUCUAAUGUAUCAAUUGAUGAUUCAUCUCAGAAGGAACAAUUAGAUACGGAUAAAUUGGAAAAUACCAAAGAUAAUCAUGACUCGGAACCUAAAUAUACCCUAGAAUCUAUUUCUUCGAAAAAUACCCUUAUCAAAAAAAAUAAUGAAUUGAAUAAAUCAGAAGACAAGAGCGAGAUUAAAGAAAUAACUUCUGAAAAAGUUGCCAAUAUAAAACCUAUAGAAGUAAAUGAGGUAAAACCGGAGGGGGCAAUAAAUGAAAAGUCAAUACAUGAAAUUAUGCUGAACAAAUUCAAAGCAAUUAUCAACGAAGUAAACUUGCCAUUUUAUAAAUUAUAUGAUGAUGAAGUUAUCAUAAUUCUUGAAAAUUUGUGGAAUCGUGCCAAAUAUUUGAAACUUGAUCCUCAUGGACCAAACCAAAAAGAAAUAACUCAACGUGUUCCUCUCGUUGAGCGGUAUUUUACUCGUAUUCCACUUAAUGAAAAAACGCAAAAGCAUCCAAAAGGAUCUUUGGCUGUUGUAAAUAAUGGUUGGAUUUGGAAUGCAAAUCCCUUGCAGGAUUUUGCAAGUAACGAAUCGUUUUCUUAUUUACGAAGAGAGGAUGAUUCGCCUUGGCUUUGGGAUCAUAUGACAAAAUAUACUGUGCAGCUUGCAUCGCUUUUCCAUGGGAUCCGUAUUGACAAUUGUCAUUCCACUCCACUUCAUGUCGGUCAGCAUCUUCUCGAUGCCGCCCGUCGCGUUCGACCGAACCUUUAUGUUGUCGCAGAAUUAUUUACCGGUUCGGAGGAAAUGGACAUAAAAUUUGUGAAUCAUUUGGGCAUUAACUCUCUCAUUAGGGAGGCCAUGCAAGCUUGGGAUUCGCACGAGUUAAGUAGAUUAGUUCAUCGUCAUGGUGGAAAACCUGUUGACGCAUCAACUUAUACAGAUGUUGAUGAAUAUUCAGAAACGCCUUGUUGCAUUGUUCCCUUGGUAGGAUCCAACCCGCACGCACUUUUCAUGGAUUGUACUCACGAUAAUGAAACACCUCAUCAAAAGAGAACUGCAGAAGACUCUUUAUCAAAUGGUGCUCUUGUUGCCAUGAGUUCUUGUGCUGUUGGAAGCGUCAAAGGAUAUGAUGAAAUUUAUCCAAUGACGGUUGAUUUGGUAAACGAAACUAGACCAUAUAAAUUAUAUGAGAAACCUCUUGAAAUUGAAUUUAUUCGUGAUGAUAAAUAUCUGACUGGGCUUCCGUCAUCACUUAAGGCACUUAACGCUCCUAUAUUACGCGAAUUAUCUGAUGAACACGGAAAAUAUACUGAAGUUACGUUGCCGAAAGAAUUUCCUUCUGGCAGUAUCACUCUUCUUAAAACGAAGGUGGAUAAACAUAAUUCUCUAGAUGAAAUGCUUACAUCAGGUGCUGACGAAGUUUUUAAAGAGUUAAACUUGGUCGAUUUGAAUAUAGUAUUAUAUCGAUGUGGUAGUGAAGAAAACGAUCUUAUACCUGGUCACGGCACAUAUAACGUACCUGGAUAUGGUGAUCUACCAUAUUGUGGUUUAGAAGGAUUUAUGUCGGUUUUACGCCCAAUAAUGAAAGAAAAUGACUUGGGUCAUCCGUUUUGUGCUAACUUACGUGAAGGUCAUUGGGCUUUAGAUUAUGUUGUGGACCCAAUUAAACGAGUUAUGUCACAGUUAUCACCCUGCGCGUACGAAGGAAGUUCAUUUAUCCAAUCACUUGCUUUGUGUUCAGUGCAAAUGUAUGGAAUAGUUUUGUCGACUGGAUUGCACCCCACGGAAAUUGGUCCAUCGAUGGCCGCAGGAUUGCCACAUUUUGCUACCGCUCACAUGAGAUGUUGGGGACGUGAUGUUUUUAUUUCAUUGCGUGGUCUAUUUCUUACUACGGGUAAUUUUGAAGCUGCUAAAAAACAUAUAAUUGGAUUUGGUAGUGUACUUAAACAUGGAAUGAUUCCAAAUUUAUUGGAUGCUGCACGUCGACCACGUUAUAAUUGUCGUGAUGCACCAUGGUGGUUUUUGCAAUCCAUACAAGAUUAUUGCAAAUUCUCUCCGGAAGGUUUAGAUUUUCUUAAGACACCUGUUACACGACGAUUCCCUAAAAACGAUGAAUUUAUUGAAGCGGAUGAUCCUCUAUCCUAUAAAUACGAAUCUACUAUUCUUGAGAUUAUUCAAGAAAUUAUGGAACGACAUGCUUGUGGAAUUCAUUUCAAAGAAUGGAAUGCAGGUCCCAACCUUGAUCAUGCUAUGACUGAUAAAGGAUUCCAAAUUGAUAUUGAUGUUGAUUGGGAAACUGGCUUUUUAAAUGGUGGAAACCAAUGGAAUUGUGGUACUUGGAUGGAUAAGAUGGGAGAAUCAGAUAAAGCCGGAAAUAAAGGUCGACCGGCUACACCAAGAGAUGGAGCAGCAGUUGAAAUUAUUGGGCUAUUAAAAUCUACUUUGCGAUGGAUAACAGAAUUAAAUAAAACUGGUCAUUAUCCAUGGAAUGGUGUUGAACUUAAAGGUAUAUAUAAGGAUUUAUGCAAUUCAUCUGGAGAAUAUCAAGAUUAUCAAUUAAGACCAAAUUUUCCGGUUGCUAUGGUUGUGGCGCCAGAACUAUUUGAUGAGCAUCAUGCACUUCAAGCAUUGAAUAUUGCACGCGAGGUAUUAGCUGGACCAUUAGGAAUGCGUACACUUGAUCCAAAUGAUUUGGCAUAUCGAGGUGUUUAUGAUAACAGCAAUGAUGGCACUGACCCAUCUGUUGCUAAGGGAUGGAAUUAUCAUCAGGGCCCCAAACAUGAAACAAUUCACACUAUAACAAGACAUCUACUACGACAUCGUGAAGUGAUCGAAACAGACUUAUGGGCUGGUCUUCCUGAAUUAACAAAUGCAGAUGGAGCAUUUUGCCCUUAUUCAUGUCCCACACAGGCAUGGUCAGCAGCAACAUUAUUAGAUUUAUUUGAUGAUAUAAAAAAACUUGAAGCAUGUUAG